AUUACGGUAUGCUACUAUUUUAAUGGUUUUCACUGGUUUGUCCAAAUACAGAUUGCGUAUACGUAUACUUCGAGAAGUGAUUUUUAAUAGCUCUUCAAAAAACCAGCUUAGUAGUUAAUUUCACAUAAGUAUAUCGACUUUUUAUUAAUAACAAUACGCAAGGAUUCCAAAAUAUCUUUGCCGUUCGGGCUAUUACUUGCCGUUCAAUUUGUUUUGUAAACUUCCCAAUCUUCCAUAAGUAGGUACCUAUAAGACUAUUCAAUAAUUUCGCUUAUAAUAAUGCUACACAUUUUUGGAUUAAUAUGCUUAUUUUAUUACCAAACACAAUGAGUAUAUUAAUAACAACAGAUAAAGAAGAGAUAACAGGAUAUGUCGGUUUUUAAGAAGGGAUCAAGAGUGUACGAUAAUAAAGAUAAUGGCUUUAAUGGACUUUAAUUUGUAGCUUCAACCAACGCGACGUGACGAGUAGGUACUUGAUACUGCGGGUUUAACAACGAAAACGGUAGUGAGAAAUUUAAUUGUGACAAAUAAGUGCAUAUUAUGUUUGAAAAUGUCAAACUCUAAAGGAAAACGACAUCUGAAAGCCACUCUAAAAUCCUUUUUUUGGGCAAAACUGCGCACCCUCUUUUCGUCUCGGAAGUCACUAUUAAAGAAAAGUGGAUAUCAUUAUUUAAUUACGGAAGAGGAGCAAAGGUGGUUGGAUGAGUAUGCCGCCCAACGUAACCAACUGCCCUCCAGGAUUGGAAUACCUUACUACAAUUGACCAGCUUCUCGUCCACCAAAAGGUUGAACUGUUAGAAGCCUUCACUGGGUUUGAAACUGCCAACAAAUAUAGCAUAAAAAACAGUCUUGGUCAAAAAAUAUUUUAUGCGGUGGAAGACUCAGAUUGUCUCACAAGAAAUUGCUGUGGUGCUCGAAGACCCUUCGACAUGAAGAUUCUGGAUAAUUAUCAAAAUGAAAUCAUACAUUUAAAUCGUCCCCUUAGGUGUGAUAGCUGUUGGUUCCCAUGUUGCUUACAAAGUAUAGAGGUUAGUUCGCCUCCAGGUACGCUAGUUGGAACAGUUGAACAGGAAUGGAGCAUUUGCUGUCCAACUUAUGCUAUUAAAACCGCAGGGGGAGAAACCGUGCUACGUAUCGAAGGACCUUUUUGUACCAUGAGUAUUUGUGGAGACGUAGAGUUUCAAAUUAUGUCAGCCAACGGUGGUACGCAAGUGGGUAAAAUAUCAAAACAGUGGUCAGGUCUUAUUAGAGAAAUGUUUACGGAUGCCGAUUACUUUGGAAUAACAUUUCCAGUGGAUUUGGAUGUCAGAAUGAAGGCCGUGAUGCUGGGAGCGUGCUUCUUAAUUGAUGCGAUGUUCUUCGAGAAAGCGCAAAAUAAGGAACAAGAUUCACCAGGAAUGUUAUAAGUUAUAACCCGAUAUUGGUCUUAUUCAUAUUUCGAAGCUUACUAUAUAUUAUCGAGCUUGCAGCGGAACUACACAGAGUGUUACGAAGUUCUCACCACCCGGACAAUGGAGGCUUAAUUCUGAAGAGUGAAUAAAAAACUUUUGCAAUCAGACAAAUACUUUUCAAGACUUAGAAGAACGUUUUAUUAUUAGUUAGAGUUACUAAAUUAAAUUAAGAAAGUCAUUCUUGAUUUCUUUUUUUUUUUGCAACCUUGCAUCUGGAAAGGUACUUAUUUGUCUGAUCGCAAAAGUGUAAUAGGGUUUUUCAAUUUAAUCUCAGAGUUAAACCCCCAUCGUCCGUGGGCGCCAGUUUCGUAACACCCUGUAUAAAUAAUGUAAAGCAAAUAUGUACUUAUGAAAAAUGAGCUCUUAUUGCUAUAUAUUUUACAAAUAAUAUUCAUAUUUUGCUUAUUGAGAGAAUAUACAAUAAAAUAUUUUGUAUGUAA